UCUUCCUCCUGGACAAGUCUGAGCGAUGAGCGCCAGGACCAGGCUGCUGGUUCAAGUCCCGGGAGGAAACACACACCUGUCUGAUCCUUUUCCCAGUCCCAGGACCUAAACUCCAGCCCGGACUCCACCAUGCUCCCUACGUCCUGGAGCAGCGUGUUCUGCUCGGUUCUGCUGAGUCUGCUGCUGCUGGACCCACGCACAGGUGCGUCCUCCGAGGGUUCCUCCAUGGGAUUCCUCUCUCUGCCUUACAUGAACGAGCCCGCGCUGCUGCCGCGCGUCACCCGCGUGUCCGAGCUGAAGGCGGCGGCCCCACACCCCGCGGCCUCCUCCCGGCGGAGGAGGAACAUCUUCUACCAGGCCGGACUGCGCCUGUGCGGCCAGGACACGGAGGAGCAGGUGCUGGCCAGCCACCUCAGCUACUUCCACCUGAGAGUGUGCCAGGAGACCGUCUGGGAGGCGUUCAAGAUCUUCUGGGACCGGCUGCCGGAGCAGGACGAGUACCAGCGCUGGAUGGGCCGGUGCCAGGACGGGUCGGCCACGGCCCAGGACAUCGGUGAAUACUUCAGCACGUCGGAGGAACACCGAGAACGAGUGCAGCAGAAAUUGUCUCAUUCAACCCUGAAAAGCACACCGACACCAGAGACCCCGGCGGAACCAGAACCCGCUGGAUCUCCAGACACUGGUGACGAGGCGGCGGAGGAUGUAGAGGCCGUUUCCACGGCAACGACGGAGGAGAAUUCACGGCUCAACGACAUCACGGUGCAGCCGACCACGGCGCCGGUGCAGCAGCAGGUGGUGGAGAUGAGCAUCCUGCUGACCGGGGAGGUUUUCAGCGACGACCUCCACGACCCCGCCAGCCUCCACUUCCAGACGCUCAGCCGGCACCUGGUGGACAAGAUAGAAGACGCUCUGGAGGAGCUGCCUGGCUUCAGGAGUGUGUCAGUGAUCGACUUCAGGCCGCAGAAGGACAACCAAGGGACGGACGGCGUGGUGGCGGACUACGCCGUCACGGUGCUGGUGGACGGAGACGGAGUCAGCUCGGAGCAGAUCGACUACCUCACCCUGCAGUCCAACCUGGUGGAGAACUCGUACCGGGAGGUCAGGGAACGAUCCACGGUGGUUUACAGCAGGAACAAGGAGGAGGAAUCCACCGACACCCUGCCCAUCGGAGAGCCGGAGAGCGUGUCCGAGGUCCCUGCGCUGGUCGGCUCUGCAGGUGAAACCACGGUGAGUGACCUCCACCCCGGCCUGAGCGCCGCGGUGCCGCCGGUUACGGCGGCUGGCGCGUGCAACACCACUCAUGUUCCGGUCGGCGCCAUCGAAGACCCGUCUCAGGUCUGGACCCCAGCAGAUGACUCCGGGGUCGACGUCCUCCCUGAACCCUCAGAAACCAACACGGUGUCGGUAUCAGACGGAGACGUGGUGGUUCUGGAGGAGAGUGAGCUGGUGACGCCGGCCGGCGUCCUCGUCUCCAACACGCCUGAAGACCUUCAGGAGGAAGGUCUGUUGCUGGAGGAAACGAGGCACGUCAUCGUCGCAGAGGAACCUGAGGAACCUGAGGAACCUGAGGAACCUCCACCCGAGCCAUCCUCCACGGAGCCGCCGCCGGUUGCCACGGAGCCGCUGGCGGUUGCCACAGAGCCGCCGGCGGUUGCCACGGAGCCGCUGGCGGUUGCCACGGAGCCGCUGGCGGUUGCCACGGAGCCACCAGCGGGGGGCGCCACGCUGCCCGAGCCUCCGGUGGAGACGGAGGCUUCGGGGUCACAUGAGGACAACCUGCCGGAACCUCCCACGACCUCAGCAGAAGAAGAGACGGUUCCCCGCCAAAAUCCUUCCUCGGAGAACACGGUCAUGGUACAAGACAUCAGCGCUGAAGAAGAGAAAGGUGAUGUCGCUGCAGCGGACGAAGAACCUGGAGAACAUGGAGAUGAGGCUGCUGGAAAUGAGAUUCCAGAAGACACAGAAACCUCCACUACUGUAACAGAAACCACAGAAGAAGAAGACCUGGUGGUCUCCCCUACUGUAACAGAAACCAUAGAAGAUGAAGAAGAAGAAGGAGAAGAAGAAGAAGGUCCGUCAGCUGCCCCCCCACUGGCGGAGGAUGUUGAUUUGUGGAGUGAAGCUUCAGAUCCGGAUGCAGCAGAAACGUCUCGACGCCCCGAUGCUGAUGAGAUCGUCAUGGAGACGCCAGAAGAGCCUCAUCCCACUGAUGCUCCGAAUUCGAGCCAGGAGGCCGAGGACGCCGCCGUCAAUCCUCAGGAUGCCGCCAUCGAUACUGAAGACGCCGCCGUCAUAGAUACUGAGGAAGAUGCAGCCAUCGAUACUGAGAAUCCUGCGUUGAAGGAUGAAGGUUCAGAGGAGACAGCAGAGAGUGAUGGAGAGGAAGAGGAGGAGAAGGAAGAGGAGAAGGAGGAGACGGUUGUGCCAGAUCUACCAGAGAUCUCAACCGAGGACCUCACAGAGGACGAGAUCUUACCAGCGAGUAAAAGUGAUCCAGAACCGUCGGUGACGAAUUCUCCAGCUUCUCCUCAGCCGACGUCUUCGUCUCCAGAAAAGGAGUCUCCUUUCACCCUGAUCUCCGUCAUCAGUCCGGACCCCGAGGACCAGCCGGAGAUCUCCAUCACCACACUGUUGGAGGUCGAGGACUCGGACGACGUCACCACCGGGGACGACGGCCACGGCGUCGUGUCCUUCGGCUUCGGCCUGACCAACCUGACGGAGGAGGGCAGCACCGGGUUCCCCUUCGGCGUGUCCCAGGGGACGGACCAGGCCAGCAUCGCCGUGCCGGUGAACCCCGGCCGAGCCCUGAUCGUGUUCUUCAGCCUCAGGGUCACCAACAUGGUGUUCUCCGAUGAUCUGUUCAACAAGAGCUCCCCGGAGUACAAGGCCCUGGAGCAGCGCUUCCUGGAGCUGCUCGUGCCGUACCUGCAGUCCAACCUGACCCACUUCGAGAACCUGGAGAUCCUGAACUUCCGGAACGGCAGCAUCGUGGUGAACAGCCGGAUGAAGUUCGGCAGGCCGGUGGCUCGAGGCGUCACCACCACCGUGUACCUGAUCCUGGAGGACUUCUGCAACACGGCCUACCAGACCAUGAACCUGGCCAUCGACAAGUACUCGCUGGACGUGGAGUCAGGCGACCAGGCCGACCCCUGCAAGUUCCAGGCCUGCAACGAGUUCGCCGAGUGUAAGGUGAACAAGUGGUCGGGGGAGGCGGAGUGUGUGUGCAACGCCGGCUACUUCAGCGUGGACGGCUUGCCCUGCCAGAGCAUCUGCGAGCUGCAGAGCGACUUCUGCCUCAACGACGGCAAGUGCGACGUCAUCGACGGACAGGGCGCCAUCUGCAGGUGCCGGGUCGGGGAGAACUGGUGGUACCGGGGAGAGCACUGUGAGGAGUACGUGUCGGAGCCGCUGGUGGUCGGCAUCGCCAUCGCCUCGGUGGCAGGAUUCCUGCUGGUGGCGUCGGGGGUUCUGUUCUUCCUGGCCCGGACGCUGAGGGACCAGUACGACAAGGACGAGUCCGAGGACCCAAUACGGCGGGCGGAGAGCCUCCCGUCCCUGGAGCGGGCCACCAAGUACAACCCCAUGUUUGAGAGCGAGGCCACGACGGGCUACAGCCACUACUACCGCCGUUACCCAGAAGCCCCGGUGUACAGCAGCGCCAGCGCCGAGGCCUCCACCGACUUCAGCAGCGAGGAGAUCCGGCACAUCUACGAGAACAGCGAGCUCACCAAGGAUGAAAUCCAAGACAGGAUACGCAUCAUCGAGCUCUACGCGAAGGACCGGCAGUUUGCAGACUUCGUGCGACAACAUCAGACAGUGCUGGACACCCGCGGGGAGAGCUCCUCGACGCAGACAUGAACCUCACGUGGAAACCAAGAAACGCCUCUGAUGAGCAGCGAAGCCGUCCGUCAAGACUCCGGUUGGUUCUGAAAAGCCUGGACUUUGUUCUGAUUUGGACUUGUAGAACCCGGCCGAGCCGGCGCCGGUUCCUCUUCUGCCCGGCAGAGGCGUUGACUUUUCCUCCACCUUCCUCGGUGCCUUCUCCGGACGUUACGGCCCGUUCACGGACCCUGAAACGCUGAUGGACUCAUGAAGAUACCAAGUAGUUGCUCAGGAUCUUUAUUAUUUACUUGAAUCAUGUUGUAUUUAUUUCACCUCUUGUAAAGAGGAAGGAUGUAAAUAUGUGUUUAGCUGACCUGACGUCUGUUAGCCAAGAUGACAUUUGGACAGUUUUCUCUACUUCUGUCUCUCUGAUGCUCCGAUUUAUUUUUAGGUCUUUUCUGAGGGACUUGAGGAGAUGUUCUGUUUUAGGAGAUGGUGCUAUUAUCACUUAAAAAGUAGUUCUCUUUGAUCAUUUUACUUCAAAUUAAACGUUUUGGGAAAUACAGAAGAGGCCAAACUCCUCCUCUAUCACCGAACACAGCGAACCCGUCAGGGUUCCCUGUGGAACCCCAGAUCCCAGUCUAACGACUUCAACAUAACUAUUUCCCAACGAAGUAAAGCAGCUAUUUCCUGGAUAGUUCUGAUACCGACGCCACCGUCGGAAAUACGCGCCAAUGCUGCAGAAAAUAAAGGUAUCUGGAACGACAUUCA